AACUGUACAAUCGCGUCGCGACGUCUGUAACCGGCAUUUUGCCGACAGAAAAACAAAAGACGAGCGAAGCUACAGUUGUUCGGCCUUCUCCGAGGCCAGGCGACACAACACGAGACAACCCGACGACUGCGAUGAUGCGAGGCAUCUGCCGGCUACGUGCGUGAUGGAAUUUCUGUUUACUAUAUGAGUUGUGGCAACUUUAACCGUGCGUCACUAGCGAACGGCGGCUUGGACCAGUUGGCUCUGUGGCUGUUUGACUGCUUCUGAAUUUUGCCUGACAGUCGGCUCGGCGGCGCCGUCUUUUGUGUCAUUCUCGGCGUGGAGCUGUCAUUCUGGACUUUUAACCUCGCGGGAAGUGUCAAAUUAGGUGUGCGUGCGGUUGAAGGGAGAAAAAAAUCGUGGUCAAUGUCGCGAUGGUUUUCGACAUUUAGGGAGUGAAUUUUUCACUAGUUUAGCGUGAUUCUAUCUCCUAUGGCUGCGCUGGUGUAGCUCUGGUGAUUGAACGAUUUCUUGGGCGUGUGUUUGGUGAAAAUAAUUUGCAUAUUUUCGAGCGUAAGGACUGGGGGUACGUGACGAAUUUUUUCUCACUCACCCCGCGCCUAAGGGGAGUCAAGCUGUCAUCGCGAGUAUUGGUCAUCGGUAUCGCCGGAGAGAUUUCACUUUCCAUAAGUGGAGUUCGCUGUGAAGUCGCUGGAAUAGAAGCCGGAAUAGACGUUUAUUGUGUGAACGGUAUUUAUUAGGAUUAGUUGGAGACGUGACGCGUCUGUAAUAAUCGAAAAAACAUGGGCCAACGGGUCUCCCGCGACGAUUUCGAGUGGUCUUACACAGAAGAACCUCAUGCCAGCCGCCGGAAAAUUAUUCUCGAGAAAUAUCCACAGAUCAAGAAGCUUUUCGGCUAUGAUCCUUAUUUCAAAUAUGUCGCCAUCAGCAUGGUCCUCAUGCAGGUUAUUAUGUGUUUUGUGAUGAUAAAUAAAUCGUGGCUGACUAUUUUCCUGGCGGCUUAUUGUUUCGGUGGAAUACUCAAUCAUUCGUUGAUGUUGGCCGUGCACGAGAUCUCACACAAUCUGGCCUUUGGACACUCAAGGCCUAUGGCGAACCGGAUUCUAGGAUUUAUUUGUAAUUUACCUAUUGGAGUGCCGAUGUCGAUUUCGUUUAGGAAAUACCACCUGGAGCACCACAAAUACCAAGGGGAUGAGGUCAUCGAUACGGACAUACCCACCCUGCUGGAAGCAAAGCUGUUCUGCACCACGUUCGGAAAGUUCAUGUGGGUCGUGCUUCAGCCCUUGUUCUACAUAUUCCGUCCGCUCGUCAUCAACCCGAAGCCACCGAAUAAGCUGGAAGUGGUCAACCUUGUCAUCCAGCUCCUGUUCAACACGUUUAUUGUAUAUUUCUGUGGGUGGCCUUCCUUAGUCUAUCUAGUUGCCGGAUCUCUGCUAGCUAUGGGUCUGCAUCCAGUGGCAGGACAUUUCAUUUCGGAGCACUACAUGUUCGCCAAGGGUUUCGAAACGUAUUCCUACUACGGUCCUUUGAACUGGAUCACAUUCAACGUCGGCUACCACAAUGAGCACCAUGACUUUCCAGCUGUACCAGGGAGCAGGCUACCGCUCGUGAAGAAAAUCGCACCGGAGUUCUAUGACACUAUGCCGCAGCACACUUCUUGGACAAGGGUCCUGUAUGACUUCGUGAUGGACCCUGCCGUGGGACCAUACGCUAGGGUUAAGAGGAAGCAGCGAGGACUUAGCACAUAAGAAAUUUAUAAACAGAGCCACUAAUGAGACUAUACAACAACUAUUCUACACCCCCAGCAACAAUACAGGUCUACGAGGGCGACCCGAGGUUUUUCAGGGCGCCGCAUUCUGAUGAUUGGUGUGAGCAAUACAAAACCCCUUUCUUACUCAUAGAUAUGAACCUGCGCGCUUAAGAAUCUUCUAUUUUUUAUAUAUAUUGUAGUCGAUAUGGUAUCGUAAUUUUGUGUUGACGUUCUCCAUAACCUUCGCAUAGUCAUUGUUGUAAUUUCAUCCUAACGAAAGUAACCGACAAAUUUUUGUAAGUUUUAAGUACGAGAAUCAUUCAGGGUCCUAACAAUAUUUGAUACAAUGACACCGAGUCCGACUAAUAGUUCCAGCAAACUACGAUGUUUUCAUUUAUAUAGAAUGAGCCACAAUGGCGGGGAUUUAUUGAAAUUGUGUGAUAUUAUGUUACGUAUAUAUUUUCACUGGAGAGUUUGUACGUAUAUCUCGUCCCGUGAGUUUGCUAAUUGUUAAAAUAUUUGAAAUAAGAAUUAAUAAACAAAUGAAAAAGGA